AUGCAUUUCAGUCUUUUCACAAUCACACUUGCACUGGCUGGCACGACGCUCGCUAGCCCAGCACUGCUACCUCGAGCAGAUGGCUACUGCAACACAGACAAGGUCGUCACUGGUGUUGGCGGCUAUACCAUUCAUUAUCCGGCCCUCAGCUCCGGAGGCUCCUGCAUCAUGAACAAGGGUGCAGAAGGAAAGGGCGUGAAGGACCUCCAAACAUCGCUCAAUCAUUGCUACGGCAAGAGCCUGAGUGUGGACGGUGACUAUGGAGACAAGACGAAGGCGGCUGUGCUGGCCGCUCAGAAGUCAAUUGGGCAAGGCCUCUCCAAGGAUGGCAUUUGGGGCCCAGCUACUGGGAGUAAAAUGAAUUGGUGGGGAAGCAAAAAGGUUGCACAGGGAACUGAGACAGCAUAUAGCUGCAUCAAGGCUAUACUGUAG